AUGGCAAAGGUAGUUGUCGUUUUUUCUCUAAUGGUGUUGAUUUCUUCGUUCGUGGAAGGAAGAGAUUGGCAGUUCCAGUCAAUAAAGAGGUUAAAACGUGGUUUCAACGGCGGCUCUGGUAAACUAGGCUCGUACGGACGAAGUGAAGAAGACGCAAGCCUCAGCAGAGAAGCUCUGAACGCUUGCAGUGGGGAAAUAAAUAAGAGCGACAGUCGUGAGCUGCUAGAAUAUAACAGAGACGGCCGUUCGAACGAUAACCAUCACGGACAUCGCUCCUUUAGUAAAGCCUCCGCUUCCGCCUCCGCUAGCGCUUAUAAUCAGAACCACAAUUAUGCAGCUUAA